GGAGCGCCAUGGCGGAGCGCGGCGGCGGCGACGGCGGCGCUCGCCCGUGGGCCCCCGAGGACGCGUGGAUCGGCAGCCACCCCAAGUACUUGGAGAUGAUGGAGUUGGAUACGGGGGACGCCACGCAAGUGUACACAGCGUUCUUGGUGUUCCUGGACCUCAUGGAGAGUAAAAGUUGGCAUGAAGUGAACUGCGUGGGACUGCCAGAGCUGCAGCUCGUCUGCCUGGUGGGAACGGAGGUGGAAGGGGAGGGCUUACAGACCAUUGUGCCCACGCCCGUCACAGCCUCCCUCAGCCACAACAGGAUCAGGGAGAUCUUGCAGGCGUCUCGGAAGCUGCGAGGGGAUCCAGAGUUGCCGAUGUCCUUUACCUUGGCCAUCGUGGAGGCCGACUCGACGAUCGUCUAUUACAGACUGACGGAUGGGUUCACGCUGCCGGACCCCCAGAUCGUCCCCCUCAGGAGAUGACGCCCGUGCUCCCGACGCAAGACCGGCGAGACCCGUCGGCUGCUUCCUCUUGGACCUCCGACAGCCGGUCCCCAGGCCGGGUUUGGUGUUGGGGAGUUGGAGUAGUUCUGGAGACUCAGCAGGGACAGUGGCCCACGUCUGCGUGCAGCGCCCGCCAGGCUGUUCUCAGGCCGGCGCCUGUGGAGACGGCGCCUGUCCGUGCUUCCGGCAGUGGGGUGGAAGGCGUUCUAAACCCCGACCCUGCAGUCUGCUGCUGUCUGGCCGUCAUCCCUCCUAGAGGGAAAGACCCUCGCCCUGGUUCUCCCAAGCAGUGCCUGCUGCUCGCCUCUGGCCAACUGAGCUGGACGUGCCCCCACGCAGAGAGCGGGUUUGCGGCUGGACCCACAGGCUGGGGCGCUCCCGCCUGGGCACACAGCCUCCCACCUGUCCUUGCCACUGCCCUGUUGUCAGCUGGAGCAGCCCAGGGAGGGGGAGAGGUGGGCUAGCCUCAGCAAUGUCACAUUGCCGGGGAGGUGGAGAGGUGGGGCUAGCCUUAGCAAUGUUACGGAGGUGGGCUAGCCUUAGCGAUGUCACAGAGGUAGGGCUAGCCUUAGCAGUGUCACGGAGGUGGACUAGUCUUAGCAAUGUUGCAGAGGUGGGGCUAGCCUUAACGAUGUCGUGGAGGUGGGGCUAGCCUUAGCAAUGUCAUGGAGGUGGGCUAGCCUUAGCAAUGUCACGGAGGUGGGCUAGCCUUAGUGAUGUCACAGAGGUGGGGCUAGCCUUAGCAAUGUCGUGGACGUGGGGCUAGCCUUAGUGAUGUCACGGAGGUGGGCUAGCCUUAGCGAUGUCACGGAGGUGGGGCUAGCCUUAGCAAUGUCGCGGAGGUGGGGCUAGCCUUAGCAAUGUCAUGGAGGUGGGCUAGCCUUAGCAAUGUCACGGAGGUGGGCUAGCCUUAGCAAUGUCACGGAGGUGGGGCUAGCCUUAGCAAUGUCACAGAGGUGGGGCUAGCCUUAGCGAUGUCAUGGAGGUGGGCUAGCCUUAGCGAUGUCACAGAGGUGGGGCUAGCCUUAGCAAUGUUGCAGAGGUGGGCUAGCCUUAUUAGCAGUGUCGUGUUGCCAGGCCGCCAGGCCACUCGGUUCCAGCCCGUGUAAGGCGGCGGCACAGGAACACUCGGGUCCUGGGUGGCCACUGUAGUGGCUCAGGUCGUGAGCCGCUUGCAGACAAGGGCAGGAGCAGCGGCUCCCUUGGAAAUCCAGGAAGAGCACGUCGUAGGCCGUGCAGGCUGUGUGACUCCGGGCACUGCCGCCGUGGCAUGGAGGCAGCCGCAGUAGCCAGGCACGGCCGCGGUCCCCUAGAACGUCACUCCGGUGGGCGUGGUCUCCCCCCUCCUUCCCCCGGUCUGCAGGCAGGUGCGUGUGAAGGGCGAAUGUGCUCGCCGACAGCGGUAAGCGCCUAUGAAAACGUGGGGGGGGGGGUGCUCCACGAAGUGAGAACCAAGGCUCGGGGGCGCCACAGGCGAUGGUGCUGCAGACACGUGGCGCCAGUGAGGCACAGCGCUGGCCGUGGGGUGCGGGGGGUGGGUCCCCUUUCCUCGAUGUUUCAGUCUCUUUGUACUACGU